AUGGAUAGAUCAGAUCAAGAUAAGACGGCAGAACGCCCGUCCGACAAGUCAACCUCCUUCGGAGAGACACCUCACGAUCGGGACGAGUCGAUGCUUGAUGCCGAAGGAAUCAAUCCAAGUACUCGGGUUGCCUCCCUGCCGCCGCAGACCCCUCGACCACAACCUGCCCAACGGCCUCUACCACCGCUUACUGGUCUUCCAGCGGAUGGCGGAGAAGAUGUUGAGAUGACAGCACCGCCAUCGCCACGGCCUCGUCCUGCGACCACUGUCCCUCAGCUCAGUCGCUCCACCGAAACGUACGAUGACAAUGACGAGAGCGACAGACCUGAACAACAAGCAACAACGUCUUCUGGUGCCACCAGGAGAACGCCUAUCUUCCCACCCGGCAGAAUCGACGGCCUCGACUUCGAGCGUGCACGCCGUCACCUCAGACGCGCCGUCGAGCUCGACAGCCAUGGGCAAUACAACCAAGCACUCGAAUCGUACCACAGGGCCCUCACCCUAUGCAGACCAGCCCUCAACUCAAUCACCAUGUCCUCCGGAUCAAGGCGAGCCCUCGAACGAACACUAGCACCCCACCACGAGCGCGUGAUCGAUCUGGAGGAUGCGCAGGUCUACGACGAGACGGAGCCGGAGAAGUUCAUGGUGGAUCCCAGCCGCGUGACUCCGUUGUCGCGUCGCACGAAUCUUGAUCCGAGGUUUGAGUUGCCUGGCGUUCCGGCGUCGAUGAAUCGGCCGGAGUUGAUUGGGGAGGGUCCGGAGGUUGAGGCGGAGGAUGGCGUUGAUCAGUAUUUGCUGGAUUUGCAGAAGAUGUAUGGGCGGGAUGGACGCUCGCGGCCGAGGUCUCGUGCUGGGAGUGUGCCGAUGGUGAGGGAGUCUAGUUCGGUGAAGAGGGAGUCUACCCCAAUGAAGAGAGAGUCCACGCCGAUGAAGAGAGAAUCCACCCCAUUGGUAAGAGAGUCCACACCUAUCCCGAGAGCUGGACGUCGGGACAGCGGUUCUACUCCACAAAGUGCUCAGAGUGCACCGGCAAGAAUGGAUCCCAGCAGGGAAGCGACCCCUAGCCCAUAUGAUGAGACAGAAUCGAUUCGGGAAAGAGCCGGCACUCCUCUACCUGGCGACGUAGAGAAUUUCGAGAACCGUCAUCCAAAGCGUGGCUUGGCCACCUACGGUUCUAUCCAUGGAACGCAGUCAAGAAUGCGGCAGUACAAACGGCCAAAGAUUAUGCACGAUGCGGAAGGAGUGCUGGGCACGUUGGCCAGCAAGGCAUUCGACAAGCGCAUGGCUGAACGGGUUCAAAAGGAAGCCAACGGCUCCCACUGGAUGCAAGACCUGUACUGGGACCAUCGCAGCACACUGCACGGCGGACUGGCCAAGGACAAGUACAGAGACUUGCGGGAUAUUCGAGAAAGCCUUCCAUAUCGGGAGGGAUACCUCAUUGACCAGGACGAGGAAGAAGACAAUGAAGUCGUGCCAGGUUGGCGAAAGCACCGUAGUUCUGCGCCGCCUCGGUCGACUGAUGUCAAGGCGUGUGCUAAAUGCGGCGCGACCAGCAAGCCAGAGGGCGGCCCAGUCUAUCCCUGUGUGGUGUGUUGGGGACCAUUCUAUUGUUCGAUGAGAUGUCAGGACGCCCACUCCGAUGUGCAUGAACCGCAUUGCAUGCCGAAUUGGCGCAGCUUCGAUAGAGAAGCGCAGGACGAGGACCAGCCUUGCGCGCAAUCGACUCGAGGACUCGCGGGCCGCCUUGCCUCGCUAUGCGAUCGACCUGUCGAGCUCGACAUACACAAGAUUGCUCAAGAUGCGGCUCGAACGGAUGGUAAGCCAUUGGGAGACAGGACAGACCUCAGGCGCGCCUUUAUAUCAGGCGACAUUGACAUGGAUGAGCACAUGGACAAGGCGAUCCAGCGCGGUGAAGCUGAACGCGACAGUUCACCCCAGGGGAACGAUAACUUAUCAUCGCCGGUAUCAGAUACGGCCGGCAUUUCAUCACCCAAAACGCCUAACACCCCUGAAGAUGUUGAUGUCAGGGGCGUUGGCGGUGCUUUCGAUAUCCAGCAUGCAGCCGACAACCUACUGUCAAUGCACUCAAACCCAGCAUCAGGACGAGGAGUGGCUGCGCUACGACCAGCAAAGAAGCUACCAAAACUCAUACUCAAACCACCAAAGCCCCCGACGAGGAACGAGCGAGAGCUACAGACUCCUGACUUCGAAGAAUACGAUGAUAAGUAUGACGAGGAUGCCGAUCACGAAUCUCUCAGCAGCAACGACGACAACGACGAUGUCGACAUGUUUUGGGAGGAACCUCCUCCACACCACUCCGAACGGCAGGCACAGGAAGAGAUGUACCCGAAGCGAAUCACUGAUUUCAGGAUCGAGAUGAACGGCGGCAGGACGUUGGAGUAUCUAGUCUCGGACGCGAGAAGGGACAAGGAGUGGUGCAAGGCCGGCACACUGUUAGGCUCGAGUUGCACCGACGCAAUCUCCGAACACCGCACCUUCCUCGAACAACCUAACCCGGACCGCGUCGACAACAUGCUCCUCACGCCCUUCAAGCUCUGGAUCAAACGCGCGUUCCUCAGUCAACAUCGGUAUAUCCUCUUUGAUAUUCAAGGGUUUGAGCAGCAGGAACAAGGGGAGAUCCAGCGGGAGGUUGCGCAGGCGUUGGGUGAGGAGUGGCAGGGGGCGAUUGAGGAGUAUUGGAGGCGGUGUGAGGUUGCGUUGGAUUGGUGGAAGAGGAUGGAGAGGGUGAGGAGGGAGGGGAGGCGGAGGGGGAGGGUGCGGGGGAGGGUGGAGGAUGUUGGUUUGGGGUUGGAGAAUGUGUUUAAGGGGGGAUGA